AUGAUCAACUCCCUCAGACUCAGAUUGACGCGUUUGCCACUCAGGCCACUCGGGCCACCGUCGUCAUCAUCGUCGUCGUCGGCGGCGGCAUCUCGCUUGUAUCCCGUGAGAACUUACGCCAUGAAAUACACCAGAAGCAAUGGCUCCACGAAAACAGCAGCUGCAGCUGCAGCAAAACGAAAUGGGUCGCCAUCGCCAUUGCCGCCACCAUCAUCUGCAGAGCCAGUUGAAGAGGAGCAGAAUAAAAGCAACCUCCAAUCAUCCAGCACAGCGCCCUUUGCAUCCUUGGGCGACACCCCGCCUGAAAACGCCCAGAUUGCCCACCAGUUUAGCGGAGGAGCUCCCGCUGGAUCCGCGCCUAUAAAUUGGUCCGAUUCAUAUCACGGAUUAGGCGCUAGGCCCUUUGAGCGUGAAAUUAUAGAAGUCUUGCUAGCACCGAUAACAGAGACAGACAUCGAGAUCAAGCCCGAUGGAAUCUUGUACUUGCCCGAAAUCAAGUAUCGCCGAAUCCUAAACCGGGCAUUUGGACCCGGUGGCUGGGGGUUAGUGCCACGUACCGAGUCGACCAUCACCAAGACCCAAGUAUCUAGAGAAUACGGGCUCAUUUGCCACGGACGGCUAGUUAGCAUUGCCCGUGGUGAAAUGGACUAUUACGGCACCGCGGAAAAAGUCCCCACGGCGUUGGAAGGGUGCAAGAGUAACGCGUUGAUGAGAUGUUGUAAGGAUUUGGGCAUUGCGAGUGAGUUGUGGGAUCCUGCUUUCAUCCGGGUGUGGAAGAAAGAUUAUGCUGAAGAGGUGUUUUGCGAGCAUGUUGUAAAGAAGACGAAACAGAAGUUGUGGAAAUUGAAGGCCCUGCCGAAGUUUGCAUACCCAUGGAAGCAAAUCUAA